AUGGAGCUGGUGCCCGCCCUCCGACCGCCGCAGGUAGUUGGAGAAGCUCAGCCAAUCAAGAGGUCUCUGGGGCAAAGAAGGCGGGACGAGGAGGAAAAGUUUAGGACAGGAGCGCCAACCAAUCCUGCGCCUAGCUGCCGGAGCAACCGCCACCAGCACCCACUUGCAGACGCCGCUCAGAGCGUGGGGGAUGGACUUCUUAGCCCCUGGAAUGCGAGAGAGAGAGGCUCAGGGGAGUUCCUGGAGUGGGGCGUAGAGGUACCUUCCGGAAAGGUCUGGAAGCAAAAGAGACUCCUAGUUGAGGGAGCUGCUGGAAGCCACCGGGGAGCUUCUGGUGGGGACCUUCCUAGGGUCCUUUUCCCUUCGUGGGGUACCAUGGAGUUCCCAGAACACAGCCAGCAGCUGCUGCAGAGCCUCCGAGAGCAGCGGUCCCAGGGUUUCCUUUGUGACUGCACCGUGAUGGUGGGUAGCACCCAGUUCUUGGCCCAUCGGGCUGUGCUGGCCUCCUGCAGCCCAUUCUUCCAGCUUUUCUACAAAGAGCGGGAACUGGACAAGAGGGAUCUGGUGUGCAUCCACAAUGAGAUUGUCACGGCCCCAGCCUUUGGGCUGCUUCUGGACUUCAUGUAUGCUGGCCAGCUGGUCCUGAGGGGGGAUACCCCUGUGGAGGAUGUGCUGGCUGCUGCCAGCUACUUGCACAUGAAUGACAUUGUUAAAGUGUGUAAGCGGCGGCUGCAGGCCCGGGCCCUGGCAGAGGCAGACAGUACCAAGAAGGAGGAGGAAACCAGCUCACAGCCCCCUAGUUUGGAGUUUUUGUCCACUUCCCGUGGCCCCCAGCCUUCGUUGGCAUCUGCUGAGACGUCAGGCCACUGGGGCAAAGGGGAAUGGAAGGGCCCUGCAGCUCCCUCUCCAACUGUCUGUCCUCCAGAUGAGCCACCAAUGCCUGGGGGGGCUGACACUACACAGCCCGGCAUGGAGGUCGAUGCACCACAUCUACGGGCACCUCCUCCACUAGUGACUGAUGUCUCUCUUGCCAGCCCCAGUAGCUCCACAGAGACCAUUCCUGCAAACUACUUCUCUCCGGGCCUUCCAGCAGUUUCAGUGGAGCCGCUGGCUCCCCUUGAUGUGGGUACUGAGAGUCUGAGGAUGGUGGAACCAAGGGGUGCUGGGGGACCACUGCAAGGCUUCUAUCCUCCGGCUCCAGCAGCAGCCCCAGUCCCAGCCCCAGUUCCAUCGCAGGCUCCAGCACCAGUGGAAGCUGAGCUGGUCCAGGUGAAAGUAGAAGCUAUUGUGAUUUCUGAUGAGGAGCCCGAUGUGUCCGAGGAACAGCCUCAGGGGCCUGAGGGACUAUUCCCGCCCGGAGGGGCAAUGUAUGGUGGACAGCCCCCUCAGUCAGAGGCUUUUGAGGAGCCAAGAGCAGCAGGACUGGAGGAGGUGGGACCAAGUGAGCACUUCCUGCCCCCGGAUUCUCACCUACCCUACCAUUUGCUGCCAGGUCCAGGGCAGUAUCCUCGAGGACUGGUGACAUCGCCCCUGCCUGCGCCCCCAGCCCUGCAUGAGCCACUUUACCUGCCUUCCGAAUAUGAAGCAACCCCGGGAAGCUUUGGGGUUUUUACUGAGGAUGUGCCCACUUGCAAGACAUGUGGGAAGACCUUCUCAUGUUCUUACACACUAAGGCGACACGCCACAGUGCACACACGCGAGCGCCCCUACGAGUGUCGCUACUGCCUACGCAGCUACACGCAGUCAGGGGACCUGUACCGACAUAUCCGCAAGGCUCACAAUGAGGACCUGGCCAAACGCAGCAAACCGGACCCAGAGGCCGGCCCCCUCCUAGGAGUGCAGCCCCUCCAUGGCUCCCCUACAGCAGACAAACAGAACAACAGUGGUGGAGGACCACCCAAAGAUUUUGUACUGGGCCCCAAAAACUGA